AUGAAAACUUUUAGUUACCUUGGUUGUCUGAAAUCUGAAAAACUCUUUGGUGUCAGAUUUGGAAGACUAAACAAGAUUCUUUGGUUCUUUCAGCUGAAGACGUUUAUUUUCCGUGUCCAUUCAUAUUUUAUCUCUCCUCUGCUCUCCUUUUAUAUUUCAUUCUUGCUUUCCUUUCUCUUACCCUUCUCCUUCCCUCUUCUUUUCUCUCUCCUUUGCCCCUUUCCCUCUCCUUUGCCCCUUUCCCUCUCCUUUGCCCCUUUCCCUCUCCUUUGCCCCUUUCCCUCUCCUUUGCCUCUUUCUCCUUCCUUUAUCUCUUUCUCCUUCAUCUCUUUCUCCCUUUUUUGCCCCUUUAUCUCUUUCUCCCUUUUUUGCCCCUUUAUCUCUUUCUCCCUUUUUUGCCCCUUUAUCUCUUUCUCCCUUUUUUGCCCCUUUAUCUCUUUCUCCCUUUUUUGCCCCUUUAUCUCUUUUUCCCUUUUUUGCCCCUUUAUCUCUUUUUUUUUUUUUUUUUUGCCCCUUUAUCUCUUUUUCCUUUUUUGCCCCUUUAUCUCCUUUUCCUUUUUUUUGCCCCUUUUAUCUCCUUUUCCCUUUUUUUUGCCCCUUUAUCUCUUUUUUUUUUUUUUUGCCCCUUUAUCUCCUUUUCCCUUUUUUGCCCCUUUAUCUCCUUUUCCCUUUUUUGCCCCUUUAUCUCUCCUUUUCCCUUUUUUGCCCCUUUAUCUCUCCUUUUCCCUUUUUUGCCCCUUUAUCUCUCCUUUUCCCUUUUUUGCCCCUUUAUCUCUCCUUUUCCCUUUUUUGCCCCUUUAUCUCUCCUUUUCCCCUUUAUCUCUUUCUUCCUCCUUUUCCCUUUUCGUUCAGUAG